AUGUCUGUUCACAAGCACUUUGGAUCCUGCCGCACCCUUUCCACUGGCACGGGCAGCUCUGGCCCCUCUGAAGGUGGGGGGACCUCAGGCCAGGAUGAGGGUACCGAGAGUGAAGCCCUGACGGACGCAGCACUUGGAAUUCAGGUGUUAUCAGAAAUAAAGAAAGCCGGAAUGUGGAGCGAAAAUUCCUCAGACUACACGGAAAAGCUGCCCACAGGGUUUGUCACACUACAACCAGCCGAAGGGAAAAUGAGAAGGCCCAAGGAGAGGGCACAGUCAGGGAAGCCACACUUGUACUCAGUGGCAUCAGCAGUGUCACAGUCCCGUGCCUCCGUGUCAGGGAAGCCGCAAGUCUAUAUUCCAAGUUCUGUUCUCUGGAGCAGCAUGGACCAGCAGCCAGCUUCGGGUGUAGCCUACUCUCAUCCAACUACAGUUGCUAGCUACACUGUCCAUCAGGCUCCAGUAGCUGCUCACACAGUUACUGCUGCCUAUGCACCAGCGGCCGCCACAGUUGCAGUUGCCAGGCCUGCUCCAGUAGCUGUUGCAGCUGCUGCAACAGCUGCUGCUUAUGGAGGCUACCCCACUGCACAUACAGCAACUGACUACGGUUAUACCCAGAGACAACAAGAAGCACCACCACCACCACCCCCAGCUACUACACAGAACUACCAGGACUCGUACUCGUAUGUAAGAUCCACCGCUCCUGCUGUAGCUUAUGAUAGUAAGCAGUACUACCAACAGCCAACAGCAACGGCUGCUGCCGUAGCAGCUGCUGCCCAGCCUCAGCCUUCUGUUGCUGAAACCUACUAUCAGACAGCCCCCAAAGCAGGUUAUAGCCAAGGUGCAACUCAGUAUACACAAGCCCAGCAGACUCGACAAGUGACAGCCAUAAAACCAGCCACACCAAGUCCAGCUACCACUACUUUCUCCAUUUAUCCUGUAUCUUCCACCGUACAGCCAGUAGCAGCUGCAGCUACUGUGGUGCCAUCUUAUACCCAGAGUGCUACUUACAGUACCACGGCAGUUACUUAUUCUGGUACGUCUUAUUCAGGUUAUGAAGCAGCAGUGUAUUCAGCUGCAUCCUCCUACUACCAACAGCAGCAGCAGCAACAGAAGCAGGCGGCGGCCGCAGCAGCAGCUGCUGCUGCAACAGCUGCCUGGACAGGGACCACCUUUACUAAAAAAGCACCAUUCCAAAAUAAACAACUGAAACCAAAACAGCCUCCCAAACCACCCCAGAUUCACUAUUGUGAUGUUUGUAAGAUCAGCUGUGCUGGACCACAGACUUAUAAAGAACAUUUAGAAGGACAGAAACAUAAAAAAAAAGAAGCCGCAUUGAAAGCCUCACAAAAUACCAGCAGCAGCAACAACUCUACUCGUGGGACUCAAAAUCAGCUACGUUGUGAGCUCUGCGAUGUGUCUUGUACAGGAGCAGAUGCAUAUGCUGCCCACAUUCGUGGUGCUAAGCAUCAGAAAGUGGUUAAAUUACACACAAAACUUGGUAAACCCAUUCCUUCAACAGAACCAAACGUUGUUAGCCAAGCUACUUCUUCAACAGCUGUGUCUGCUUCAAAACCAACUGCCUCUCCCUCAAGCAUUGCAGCAAGCAAUUGUACUGUGAAUACUUCAUCAAUUGCAACUUCUUCAGUGAAAGGUCUUACAACUACAGGAAACUCGUCUCUUAAUAGCACAUCCAACACUAAAGUAUCAGCAGUGCCUACAAAUAUGGCUGCCAAGAAAACCUCUACACCCAAAAUAAACUUUGUUGGUGGGAAUAAGUUGCAAUCAACAGGAAAUAAAACAGAAGACUUAAAAGGAACUGAAUGUGUUAAAAGCACUCCUGUCACCUCUGUACAGAUUCCAGAAGUAAAGCCGGACACCGUGUCAGAACCAGUCACACCUGCAUCUCUUGCUGCUUUGCAGAGCGAUGUGCAGCCAGUAGGGCAUGACUAUGUGGAAGAGGUACGAAAUGAUGAAGGAAAAGUAAUUCGAUUCCAUUGUAAAUUAUGUGAGUGCAGUUUUAAUGAUCCCAAUGCUAAGGAGAUGCACUUAAAAGGGCGAAGACACAGACUUCAAUAUAAAAAAAAAGUAAAUCCAGAUUUACAAGUAGAAGUAAAGCCCAGUAUUCGAGCCAGGAAGAUUCAAGAAGAGAAAAUGAGGAAGCAAAUGCAGAAAGAGGAGUAUUGGCGAAGACGAGAAGAAGAAGAACGUUGGAGAAUGGAAAUGAGACGUUACGAAGAGGACAUGUACUGGAGAAGAAUGGAGGAAGAACAACACCAUUGGGAUGAUCGCCGCCGAAUGCCUGAUGGAGGCUAUCCUCACGGUCCCCCAGGCCCAUUAGGCCUUCUGGGAGUCCGACCAGGCAUGCCUCCUCAGCCACAGGGGCCUGCACCUUUACGUCGUCCUGACUCCUCUGAUGACCGUUAUGUAAUGACAAAACACGCAACCAUUUAUCCAACUGAAGAAGAAUUACAAGCAGUUCAGAAAAUUGUUUCUAUCACUGAACGUGCUUUAAAACUUGUUUCAGACAGUUUGUCUGAACAUGAGAAGAGUAAGAGCAAAGAGGGAGAUGAUAAAAAAGAGGGAGGUAAAGACAGAGCUUUAAAAGGAGUUUUGCGAGUGGGAGUAUUGGCAAAAGGAUUACUUCUCCGAGGAGAUAGAAAUGUCAACCUUGUUUUGCUGUGCUCUGAGAAACCUUCAAAGACAUUAUUAAGCCGUAUUGCAGAAAACCUACCCAAACAGCUUGCUGUUAUAAGUCCUGAGAAGUAUGACAUAAAAUGUGCUGUGUCUGAAGCGGCAAUAAUUUUGAAUUCAUGUGUGGAACCCAAAAUGCAAGUCACUAUCACCCUGACAUCUCCAAUUAUUCGAGAGGAGAACAUGAGGGAAGGAGAUGUAACCUCGGGUAUGGUGAAAGACCCACCGGACGUCUUGGACAGGCAAAAAUGCCUUGACGCUCUGGCUGCUCUACGCCACGCUAAGUGGUUCCAGGCUAGAGCUAAUGGUCUGCAGUCCUGUGUGAUUAUCAUACGUAUUCUCCGGGACCUCUGUCAGCGAGUUCCAACUUGGUCUGAUUUUCCAAGCUGGGCUAUGGAGUUACUAGUCGAGAAGGCGAUCAGUAGUGCUUCUAGUCCUCAGAGCCCUGGAGAUGCACUGAGAAGAGUUUUUGAGUGCAUUUCUUCAGGGAUUAUUCUUAAAGGUAGUCCUGGACUUCUGGAUCCUUGUGAGAAGGAUCCAUUUGAUACCUUGGCAACAAUGACUGACCAACAGCGUGAAGACAUCACUUCCAGUGCACAGUUUGCAUUGAGACUCCUUGCAUUCCGCCAGAUACACAAAGUUCUAGGCAUGGAUCCAUUACCCCAAAUGAGCCAACGUUUUAACAUCCACAACAACAGGAAACGAAGAAGGGAUAGCGAUGGAGUCGAUGGAUUUGAAGCUGAGGGGAAAAAAGACAAAAAAGAUUAUGAUAACUUUUAA